AGGAGCGUCCUGCUGGGUGCCUUCUGCAGCUGGACCAGACGCCACUGGCUUCCUACUCGUGUUAGGGAGGACUAGGCGUCGAGCGCAGUUCCCAUGCCAAACAUUUACGCCUUCAAACAAACACCAGGGAAAUUUCUGAUCGCAGGGUAGGCUACCUCAUCGUCCACAGGGAUAGCAGGGUCCCUGUGAGGACACUACCUUGUAUAGUGGUGUUCAGCACAGAGCCCAUACAGAGUCACGUCGACAGUACUUGGAAACACGAUGAGUACCGUGACAAUCAUAAACAACAGCAGAGGACACCCAAGGUCUGAUAGAACUUGGUGGGAUGAAACUUCCAAAUGAAAGGAAUAUUGUUGAGGAGGAAGGUUCGCUGCCUUUCCAGACAAUGAUGAUCCUGUUGAGAGGUUCACCAUCCUUAUAUAUUCGUCUUGCCUUAUAGACCCCUUCAAGAUUAAAAGCUCUAUCAACAGGAAACUCUUUGGGAAAACUGAAAACAAGAUACUCCUUAAAUCUUUUAGGGCGAUUGAUGACGUCUUCUUUGGUGAAAAUCAUAUUACCAAUCUUACUUUCAACCAGUUGAGUGAUAUCUUUUUGUUUACAUGACAUAUAGAUAUAGGAGAUGUAACUCUAGGUUGGACUAAAUCGAGUAAUGUUUUGGAGAAGUCAUUAGAAAGUUGUUCGAACCAUAUGAGCUUAGCUUGGGUCGUUGUUCCAGCUGGGAAUGCCAGGCGCACAUAGUUAACUCGGGGAGCAAGAAGUGGCCUGAGUGGGUGUUCUGCUUGCUGGCCCAGCAACAGUGAAUACAUUACGUAUUGCCUGGCACACAAUAUUUACAAAUGUUUCCUCCUAAUACCCAGUUCACGAUGCAUAUUUACUCGAAUCUGACAUAUGCACUGCUCUGACAUAUCACUCAAAUAUACAGCGAGUUUGUGGUGGUGGUGAGGAUUCGAGUCAUCUUAUAACUAAAGACGUUGUCCAGUGGGGUUUCCCCAUCCUGCCACGAUGGUAAAGUCAGUAAUUCCCCCAGGGCAAUGGAUAUAUUGUCAGAAAUUGCUCCGCGUUCAGUCGUGGUUGAGACCUCACGGAGUGCACACGUAUGCCCUGCUGGCUUGGAAGUUCCUAGCCUGCUCCUCCUCUGCGCGCACACCUUUAAUGCCCGUGCGAUGAACUGGCCGCACCUCACCCUGGUGUUGGGCCUGGCUCUCCUCCUGGGCACGGAGGUGGUGGCGCACCUGGGCUACUACGGGCACCACAGACACCAAACACCCUUCGGCCACCAUGUAGGUGGUGGUGGUAGGUUACAAGGAGGUGGCAGAGUCCCAGGAGGUGGCAUUGUCCCAGGAGGUGGCAGAGUCCCAGGAGGCGGCAUUAUCCCAGGAGGUGGCAGAAUACCAGGAGGCGGCACUGUCCCAGGAGGUGGCAGAGUCCCCGGAGGCAACAUCAGAUCAACUACCACCAGGCCUACAGGAGGGAGCUGUCCUCCCGUGCGACCUGCCUGCCCAGCCACCAGGAUCCAGCCUGUUAUGUGCUCCACGGACAGCGAGUGUCUGGCGGGCCGCAAGUGCUGCUUCGAUGCCUGUGUCCAGACCGAAGUGUGUAAAGCCACCGUCUAGCGGACCACCGGGAGCCAUCACCGGCACCUGUCCCUGUAUGGAGUUCUGUUGUCUUAAAUAACUCGCGUCUCACAAUAAUCUCGAGUGUGUCUUACGUCACACUUAAUAGUAGAGAGCAUUCAACGAAUCUCUAAUAAUAUUCGGUUAUAUAAAACAAUUCAACAUGUUAAAAUUAUAUACAAUCACCAAUAUAUGAUACAAUUCAGUGUAAAACCUAUGCAAUAAUUAUACAAUGAUCACUACGAAAUCUCUACUACAGGAAGGGAUACUCCUGUCACAUUUAGUUCCUGUACAACGCUGACAUUGUAUUAAUAAAAUAUAUUACUGUC